AUGAAGGAUUUUGAACAUAACUUUGAUGAUGAAGAAGAUAACUCUGAUAAAGAUGGUAAUGAGAAUGAAGAUAAUUCUGGUAAAGAUGAUGAUGAGAAUGUUGCUCAACAAAAAGGCAAGAGAAAAAAAGUUACAAUUAGAGAGUUUGUGAUUUAUAGAUUUAUGAUUUGGAAUUCAAAUAGAACAAAAAGUAUUUUAUAUCCUGCAGGCAGAUUAUUUCAACAAUAUAUUGUAGAUCAAUUUUCUGAUGAAGGUGCCAAUGUUAAAGAAAUUGUUAAAAAGAUAAUAUUAUCAUCAUCUUUUGUUGGAUCCAUAAGAUAUUUACAGCAAAUAUUUCAAGAUUCAACAACAAAUGUUAGAGAAUUUGAAAAAAUCCACCUGUUUGUAGCUGACACAUGUAAUUCCAAUUGGCCUGAAAUUGUUGAUGAAUUAUUACCAAAUCAACAUGCUUGA